CGCAUCUCUAUGCCGGGCCCUCAGUUGCGAAAAGUUUGAAUGAAAAUGGGAAACAAAGCGCAAUGUUUUGAUGCAUUUAAAAGGUAGGCUGUGAAUGUGACACGGUGAAUAUCGGAGCGAAAAGUUGACUUUCUACUGAUUGAAACCCUAGAGACUGGUUGAGUUUGUUGUCGUGUGCAAAUGAAGCAAACGAAGCGCGAAAAAACGAAACACUCUAACGGGCUCAGACGCGCAACCUAAAAAGUUUCGAAUCAUAUGAAGCCGGAGCCAGACAGGCGCUUGCGCCCCGACAAGAAGGGUAACAUCUAAGCAAGAUUUCGCCAAGAACUUCUCACUGACACCUCUUCCGUCUCAACUGGGAACCCAUUCGGACAUAGUCGACCCUCUGAGAAACAGACAGCAAUAAAGAGGAAGCAAGAGGUACUUGUGCCUACGAGCCAUCACCUGCCAGCCCCUUUGGAAUCAGGACUCCAAGAAAUGCAGCUCUCCGCAGAGUUCAGCGGUCAGCCCGUGAGGGUGAAAUCAGAACCACCUGAUGUAGCAUCAUGCCUACCAGAAGAGGGCCAGGUACAUCAACAGCACUGCAAAGAGUAUCCAUCAGGAGGUGAUGCAUAUGGAGUGACAGCUGGGACGUGUGACAUUAAAGAAGAACCUCGAGAGGAAUCCUCGAAGGAACAUCCGGUUACGGAAGUGAAAACGGAGCCUUACAAUGUUGCAAUCUCGACAGAACAGGACCAAAUGGGACACAACUGUCAUUCAACAUCAGAAGGAGCAAGAGCAAGCACUGGUUUGCUCCACGUAAAGGACCAGCCCAGAGGCAUUUGUGAUCAGGACUCUUCGUGUUGUACUUCUUCAGAGGCACAGUUCAAGAUCAGCACAAUGACUGUUGAACCACAGUUCGACAACGCUCUACUGGUCAAUACGGAAGGUCGACCCACUGAGGGACUUUCAGACCAGAGCGAGCCAUGUGCACUUGCAUACACAUUGAAAGACAGCCUGAAACAGCACGUGUUUGCACAGUGUCACAGUGAGUCUGAAAUGUGUGCCGUUACUUCUCCACCGAAUGAUCAGAUGGGAGAUGAGAGUCUUACGUAUGACAUCUGUCCCCCUGCAUACGCACCGACUGGGAGUGAUGAAAGCCACGUGUCAAAGCGUACUAACAAGAAGUCACGUAACCCCGAUCUCUGCUCUGGACAGUCCCACCUGAGGAGGAGCCUGCGGUGCCAGAAGCGAGCACAGACAGGAGACAAGCCGGAUAAGAGUGGUAUCUGCCCCGCGAAGCUCAGCCAGAUUACGUACCGGCGGCUUCACAAGCGGACACAGACAAGCGAGAAGUUGUACAAGUGCAAUGUGUGCCCUGUGGAGUUCAGUCUGAGAGGGAAACUGCAGCAGCACAAACGGAUACACACAGGCGAGAAGCCAUACAAGUGCAAUUUCUGCCCAGCAGAGUUUAGGCAGAGCACUAACCUACGGCAGCACAAGCGGAUACACACAGGCGAGAAGCCAUACAAGUGCAAUGUCUGCCCUGCUAAGUUCAGCCAGAGCAGUAACCUAAGGCGACACAAGCGGACACACACGGGCGAGAAGCCGCACAAGUGCUGUGUUUGCCAUGCUAAGUUCGGUGAAAUUACGACCCUACAGCAUCACGGACGGACACACACAGGCGAGAAGCCAUACAAGUGCGAUGUCUGCCCAGCAGAGUUUACGCAGAGCGGUAACCUACGGCAGCACAAGCGGAUACACACAGGCGAGAAGCCAUACAAGUGCGAUGUCUGCCCUGCAAGGUUCAGCCACAGCAGUAACCUAAGGCAACACAAGCGGACACACACGGGCGAGAAGCCGCACAAGUGCUGUGUUUGCCAUGCUAAGUUCGGUCAAAUUAAGACCCUACAGCAUCACGAACGGACACACACAGGCGAGAAGCCAUACAAGUGUGAUGUCUGUCCAGCAGAGUUCAUCACAAGUGGAAAUCUACAGAACCACAAGCGGAUACACACUGGCGAGAAGCCAUACAAGUGCGAUGUCUGCCCAGCACAGUUUAGGCAGAGCACUAACCUACGGCAGCACAAGCGGAUACACACAGGCGAGAAGCCAUGCAAGUGCGAUGUCUGCCCUGCUAAGUUCAGCCACAGCAGUAACCUGAGGCAACACAAGCGGACACACACUGGCGAGAAGCCGCACAAGUGCUGUGUUUGCCAUGCUGAGUUUGGUCAAGUUUCAACUCUACAGCGUCACAAACAGACACACACACGAGAGAAGCCAUACAAGUACAAGCGGAGUUCUGUAGCACGGGUCUGAUGUAUCACAAGCGGAAACACACAGGCAAGAAGCACCACGAGUAGACUCAAAGAGGUGCAGAGCCAUACAGGAACAUUUUCUGUUCUGCAAAGUUGCGGCAGAGCGCAAACGUGCAGCACUACAAGCGGGCGUACAUGGGUGUGUGGCCCUACAAGUGCAGCCUUUGUCCUGCAGUGUUGAGCCGCAGAAUGAACAAAUGAACAGACACCAGCCGGAGAACAAAGUAGCUGCUAGCAGAGCAGGACUUAAUUCAACCAGAGCAGGAACCCGUAGCUUCACAUGUAGCCACAAGACACUUGUUUUUAUAGUUGUUGUUAUUAAAGCCGUGCAGGUACUGGGGCCACAUAGCCACACACAUGGAAGAGUGCGUCGAAUCGUCAAAUGUCUUGUGUCGAAUGUCCUCAACUGAGAGACCUGAAGAAGGCAUUUGGUAAUACACAGACGGGGAUGAUUCUACAAAUGCUGUCUGUAUCCCACAGCGUUUCACUUCUGCUGGGAUGUUUUGAAACUCCCAUGCAUGAGAAUGAGUUGAAUUGGAGCUGGGUUGUGCGUUUGGAAUAUCAGGAAACCCAGCGCCGGGGAAGCAAACGCACGUGAAAAAGACAUCCUCACUCAGUGAUCCUCUGAACUGUCAACCAAGGUUUAUUUCCAUGAGCAAAAUGCCCUUACAUCGUUCCCCUUUCCCUUUCUUUUUAUUCCUCUCCUGAUGAAUGCGUAUCUUCUUCGUGGUUGACUAAUAAGGCGCCAAAGGAACAUGUACAAC